AUGGCGGAUAGUGAAGAGAACCCGUUUGUUGGUGGACACACGGAGGAGACCGCGGGGCCCCUUCUGACGGCCGUAGCGUCGCCACCGCCAGCCGCAGGAGGCGGGGGGACGGCAACGGAAGAAGCACAGGGGCAGCAGCAACAGCAACAGCAGCAGCAGCAGGCGUUGGAGGAGCCAAAGGGUGAUGUAUCGGGACUUGUCCCGCUCUGCGUGCGCCAUGCUAGUGGACCGCAGAUCAACAGCGCCGUCUUUGGGUAUGACAUUGCGCAGAUGCAGAAGCGCCCGUGGGACGAACCCGCGGCAAACCUCAAGGAUUACUUCAACUACGGCUUUAACGAGACCAGCUGGAGGCUGUACUGCGCGAUGCAGGCAGGGGGCGAGGCCUCGCCGCUGCCGGGGACGAACGCCUUUUAUCCACAGCCGAUCGGCCCUGCAAUGAAGAAC